AUGACGGUCACAACAUCAAAGCGUGUGAUGGCAAGCCUGACGAAAAACAGGGUGAAACAAGAAGAGGAGGGUUACCUGAGACAACCCGAUGCGUCUCUGAUAAGAGCCAUAAUCGCCAAUGUCAGAGCACGAAGAGCUAGAACGAGCCUGAAAUUAGUGCAGAGACGAGGCGAUCACACAGAUCUCAACAGCGCGAAGGAACUAGCCUUAGAAGGUGCCAAGAAAUUGGGGCCAGACGAGAUCCCUACAACAGUGGACCUGAAGUGGAGAAUAUCAGGAGCGAGUCUCAGCGCAAUGACACAAAAACUGGCCUACCAGGAAAUUCGCGACCGCAAGCUGAAAUCAGUCAAGCCGAGAUCGUCAACGACGACGAACCUUGAAAUCGUGUCCGAAGGUGUGAAAGACGCCUUCGGCGUCGAUGUCACUGAGGCUGAAAUAUGGAAAUCAAUACGGUCAAAACACGUAUCCAGCACCUGUGCUCAGUUCCUAUGGAAAACGAUGCAUAACCUCCACAUGGUAGGUAACCGGUGGCUGAGAGAGGGUAUGCCUGAAGAAUACCAGGACAGGGCGAUCUGUGCGAUAUGCGACAACGUUGAAUCAAUGGACCACAUUCUGUUUCGGUGCGAAGCGCCAGGACAAGCUGAAAUAUGGAACGAGCUGAAAGUGAUAUGGGAAACAACAGGCUUACCGUGGAAGCAACCAGACUGGGGCACUGCAUUGGGAGCGGGGUGCGCUGUUAUCAAAAGCGAAACCGGUGUCAGGAAGAAGCCAAUGGAGGCUCUAUGGACAAUCCUGUGGACCGAAUCAGUUCAUCUCAUUUGGAAGUUGAGGUGUGAACGAGUAAUACACAGGGACGGGGAAGUCCACGAUAAACUCGCGGUGAAAAACGCGUGGUAUGCAGCGAUCGACAGAAGACUGACGUUAAAUCGGAGGACGGCGGUGCUCGCUAAAUGUAAGCAUGACCUGAAGCAAGGCGACGUCGAAGCCAUAUGGGCUCCAACUAUACAAGGCUAUAGGGAUCUUCCCGAAGGAUGGGUCGGCAAUGGCGGGGUUUUAGUGGGUAUUAAGAGAGGACAGGGAUAA